AAUCCAAAAUCAAAGCCCCACACUCCCAAAUCCCCGCCCACAAUCCCAAUGGAUCACUCCAAAAAAACCGACGGCGACGGCGACGCCGAUAGGAGCACGGCGGCGGGGGCGGCGGCGACGGAGGAGGAAGAGGCGGCGUCGGUGGAGAGAAUAUUCGAGAGACAGGAUGUGCCGACGUGGCGCGGACAACUGACUUUCCGGGCGUUCUUCGUAAGUUUCGUCCUCGGGAUCCUCUUCACGUUCAUCGUGAUGAAGCUGAAUCUGACGACCGGAAUCAUCCCUUCCCUUAACGUCUCCGCCGGCCUCCUCGGAUUCUUCUUUGUCCGUACGUGGACGGCGUUUCUAGAAAAAUCUGGACUCCUCCGGCAGCCCUUCACCCGCCAGGAGAAUACUGUUAUUCAGACCUGCGUUGUCGCCACUUCCGGCAUUGCCUUCAGCGGAGGCUUCGGGAGCUAUCUCUUCGGCAUGAGCGAAACCAUCGCGAAACAAUCGACGGAAUUAAGCGAUCCUUUGAACAUCAAGAAUCCGUCGCUGUCCUGGAUCAUCGGAUUCCUCUUUGUCGUCAGCUUCUUGGGCCUCUUCUCCGUUGUCCCCCUUCGAAAGAUCAUGAUCAUCGAUUUUAAGCUCAUUUAUCCGAGUGGAACUGCGACCGCGCAUUUGAUCAAUAGCUUUCACACUCCUCAGGGCGCAAAACUAGCGAGGAAACAAGUUCGAACUUUGGGGAAGUUCUUCUCCUUUAGCUUCCUUUGGGGUUUCUUCCAAUGGUUUUUCACCGCCGGCGACGGCUGUGGGUUCGUCAACUUUCCUACAUUCGGCCUCCAAGCAUUCGAGAACAAAUUUUACUUCGAUUUCUCGGCAACAUAUGUUGGUGUCGGCAUGAUAUGCCCGUACCUCGUCAACGUCUCGUUGCUACUCGGAGCCAUCCUUUCGUGGGGUAUAAUGUGGCCGCUCAUCGAUAAGAAGAAAGGAGAUUGGUACCCGGUUAGUGAAGCGUCCGGCCUCCAUGGCUUGCAGGGAUACAAGGUCUUCAUUGCGAUCGCGAUGAUUCUUGGCGAUGGCCUUUACAAUUUCGUCAAGGUCCUCAGCCGAACUUUUAUAGGGAUGUACGGCCAAAUUCGUCAAAAACACGCCGGGCAUGUCCUUCCCGUCAAUAACCAGUCUCCCGAUUCGAACGCUGCAACUUCUUACGACACGGAGCGUAGAACCGAGCUUUUUCUGAAAGACCAAAUCCCGACGUGGGUCGCCAUCGUCGGCUACGUAAGCGUUGCAAUUGUCUCGGCUGCGGUGCUCCCGCACAUCUUCCGCCCUCUCAAGUGGUACUACAUCGUCGUGAUAUACAUAUUCGCGCCGGUUUUAGCGUUUUGCAACGCGUACGGAUGUGGCCUCACCGACUGGUCUCUCGCAUCAACUUACGGGAAGUUAGCGAUUUUCAUCGUCGGGGCGUGGGCUGGGUCGCAUAAUGGGGGUGUCCUCGCCGGAUUGGCGGCUUGCGGGGUUAUGAUGAACAUCGUUUCGACGGCGUCCGACCUGACGCAGGACUUCAAGACCGGGUACAUGACGCUGGCGUCGCCGCGGUCGAUGUUCGUCAGCCAGAUCAUCGGAACGGCGAUGGGUUGUGUGAUUUCGCCGUCAGUAUUUUGGCUAUUCUACAAGGCUUUUAAAGGAAUAGGCCAGCCGGGAACCCAGUACUCCGCGCCGUACGCGCUCGUCUACCGCAACAUGGCGAUUCUCGGAGUCGAAGGGUUCUCGGCGUUGCCUUCGCAUUGUCUUACGUUGUGCUACGUCUUCUUCGGUGCAGCGAUCGCAAUUAACGCCGUAAGGGACAUCGUCGGACCGAAGUGGGCGCGGUUCAUCCCGCUUCCGAUGGCUAUGGCGAUCCCGUUUUAUAUCGGUGGGUACUUUACGAUCGAUAUGUGUAUCGGGAGCUUGAUUCUUUUCGUUUGGGAGAAGAUCGACAAGGCCAAGGCUGAUGCUUUCGGACCGGCUGUAGCGUCGGGAUUGAUUUGCGGAGACGGGAUAUGGACGCUGCCGAGCUCGAUACUCGCCCUCGCCGGGAUAAACCCGCCGUUGUGUAUGAAGUUCUUGUCGAGUAAGGACAAUGUAAGAGUGGAUAGCUUCUUGAAAGGUUCUUGAUUGAUGAUGAUUCAAGAAGCUCUUUAAGACACAUCCAUCCUCUCCUGUUGGCUUCUGUCCAGUUCGUGCAGUUUGUGUUAUACGUUGGAGUGUUUGAUCUUAUGGAACGUUAUUGAAUUUGCAAUAAUUUGAUGUAAUUAGUCAUUUUA